AUGCAGAAAAAUGAAGACGGUUCCACAAAACUGUUAUUUUCGUCCGGUUUGCAAAUCAACAAACAUUUUAAUUUGAAUCAACUAAUAAGCACUGGUGGCUUUGGACAGGUCUAUUCUGGCACAAAUAUUAGUACUGGUGAAUCGGUCGCUAUAAAAGCUGAAUCAAUUGAUGCUAAGAUUCCAUUGUUGCGCAUAGAAGCAGCUUGUCUGGAAGCACUCAACCAUGCUGUCAGACAGAAUUUUCGGAAGCCUCCCAAAGAGCCGAUACCAAAUUAUUACGGAUACGGCGAAACAGAAAACGUUCGAUACAUGGUGAUGGAUAUGUGCGGAAAAAAUAUUCGCGAAUUAAAGAAAAGCACAAAAGAAGAUUGCUUCACAAUAGUUACAUCGCUAUGGCUUAUGAAGAAAAUGAUUUUGGCACUUAAAUUUUUGCAUCGUUUAGGAUGGAUUCAUCGAGAUAUAAAACCUGCAAAUUUCUGCAUUGGAUUGCAAUUGCAAGGAAAGCAGGAAUUAUACCUUGUUGAUUUUGGUAUGGCACGUCAUAUAAUGGCACGUAACGGUGUCAUUAAAACAAGGCGAGAAUCGAGUGCAUUCCACGGUACUGUUCGUUAUGCAUCUCUCACAACACAUCGACAUCAGGAUAUGUCACGUUAUGAUGAUCUUUGGUCCGUUUAUUACAUCAGUGUGGAAAAUAUGGUUGGACAAUUGCCGUGGCGUUACGUAAACGAAAAGACAGAAGUGGAAAAAAUGAAAGAAAAUGUAGAUUUGUUAAGACAAAAGUAUGGAACGGAGGCAAAUCCACCAGCAUCAUUAGUAGUGUUUUAUCGUCAUCUCUGUCACGCCAGUUUCUAUCAUGAACCAGAAUAUCAUCAUAUUGUCAACGAAAUCGAUCUUGAUUUAACUCAGCGAAAUUUCAAUGCAAAUAGUCGUUUGGAUUGGCAACCAGUUGAGAAGCCCUGUCAACGCGUACCUUCCAAUGAUUUCGAAGCGAAAAAUCGUCGUGUGCUAUAUGAUCGCAAUACUGCCAAUCAUAACCAUAAUCGUUCCAACUCAAAUCAUAACAAUAAUAAUGGGCUAACAGAAAAUGAUGAUCGAUCCUACUAUUUCAUGCAGUCAGGCGAUGAUUUCUGA